AUUGGAUCGAAUCGAUCCGGGUGCUCGUUCAUUUUUUCUUAAGAAAGCCAUCAAGUCGGGCGUGCAUUUCAAAAGAGAGGAUGAGUGAGAGUAUUAAAAAACCAAACGAAUUGUAUUCGUUGAUUAGUAUUAAUAAAGCUCAGGGGCCAUCGUCGUUCGAAGAUGCAGUUCGAAAGACAGGCUUCGGGAAAUUCAACAUCAUGCUUAUGGUGUUGGCUUUCUGUGGAAUAUUUUCCCCCAUGUUCGAAACCACCACCAUGUCCUACAUAUUCGCACCGGCCAAAUGCGAUUUGGAUUUAUCCCUGCAGGAUAAAGGAUAUUUGAAUUCAGCUGUGUUCGCAGGCAUGAUAUCCAGCUCGUUUAUUUGGGGUUUUCUCUUGGACACCUUCGGGAGGAGAAGGCUCAUGAUCGUCGGGUAUUUCAUGGACGCCACGGUGGUGUUCCUGAGCUCUCUUUCGCAGAAUUUCACCAUGUUGAUAAUCUGCAAAUUCUUAGGUGGCGCCAUAAUCAACGGGCCAUUUUCCGCUAUGAUUGCGUAUUUAAGCGAAUUCCAUUCGUCUAAAUACCGGUCGAGAAUACAAUUGAUGAAUGGCACAUUGACGAGCUUGGCGCAAAUUGUCUUACCCCUUCUUGCUUGGGGUAUUCUACCAUUGCCCAUCCAUUGGACUUCUCAUAAUUUUACUUUGAAUUCUUGGAAUAUUUUCUUAAUGCUGACUGGUUUGGCCCCAUUCAUCAGUGGAAUCAUAUUCUUCUUCCUGCCGGAGAGUCCCAAAUACUUGAUGACCUCUGGUGAAAAUGAGAAAGCUAUGGAAGUGCUACAAACUGUCUACAGCUGGAAUACGGGUAAACCCCCUGAAACCUAUCCUAUAAAAGAGCUAAUCCAAGAAAUUCCAUCGAACAAAACGGAAGAGGAAGAAGACGAUGAAGACGAUGUUGCCUCGGUCAUCGACCACAAAUCCAAACUUUACGCAGUGAACGAGGGUUUGCAGAACUUCGCUCCGCUGUUCAGGUCCCCUUACUUGGGGAACUUCCUCCUGAUAGCCGUCAUCGAGGUCAUGUUCCUGACCAGUUUAAAUAUGCUGCGGCUGUGGAUGCCCCAGCUCUUCCAGGCCUUGGAGGACUACAAAAUGGGCCACAAUGGAUCCACGACUGAUUUGUGCACGAUGCUGGAGGUGCUGAAACCUUCCGCAACGAACGGCACGUGUGUAGCUCAAAACGUCAGUAAAUCGAGCGUUUACAUUAACUCCAUGUUAGUGUCUUCACUUUCGAUUUCCUGUUAUAUUUUAACGGCAAGUGUAAUAGUGAGAGUGGGGAAGAAGAAAGUGUUGAUUUGUUUAGCUUUCGUGGGAGCCAUAUCGUGCAUGUCUCUGUACAUAGCCAAAGGCACCGUGUUAACCACUGUCUUGACAUCGGUAUUUGUGUCUUGUGGAAACGUCGGGAGUAACGUAGUUUUAGCCAUUACUGUCGAUGUUUUCCCGACGACUUUGAGGGCUUUUACUGUGUCUUUGAUAAUGGCGAUCGCUCGGCUGGGAAUCACCUGUGGAAAUUUAAUAUUUCCCAUGCUUCUGAAAGCUGGAUGCGCGCCACCGUUCUUCGUGGUCGGAGGAGCAGUAGCAGUUGGAGGAAUACUGAGCUUCCUUCUUCCGAACACCGAAAAUAGAGCUUUACAAUAAUUUUUUAUAGACAAUGAAAGCAUUUACGACUGCAAUUUUGUGAUCUUCACGCGUUAAAACUGAGUAUUAUUUAUUUUUUAUAAAAUUAUUUUAACAUAUUCCUUAGUGUAAAUAUUUAUUUCAUUCGAUUUAUUUAAGGAUGAUUAGCGCAAACGUACAAAAGAUGAAUAAUAAAAAUACUAUCUGAACCAACGUAACAUUUAUUUUUAUCGUGAUUAAAUUUAAACGAGUAGUAAGUACUUUAAAAAUUGUAGAGCCUUGCAUAGAAUUGAUUUAAUAACAUUCGAGUACAUUAUUCGGCAGAUUUUUUAACCAUACCACCGAAUGCAUCUGCACCAGCUUGCACGAUUUCCUCGUAUCCGAAGCUGGACAUUGCGUUUUUGCAUUGUUGAAACCAUUGCCACAGAUUGGG